GUCUGUGAUGGAGGACAGAGAGGACAGAGGAGGAGGAGGAGGAGGAGGAGGAGGAGGAGGAUUCCACCGGGCAGCCAAGCGGCUCCGGACGGAAGAGGAGGCUGGCGGAGAGGAGCCGGAGGACGGGGAGGAGGAGGCAGCGGGGAGCGGAGGCACCGACAGCAGCAGCCGGAGGAGCGAAGGGAAGGACGGUGUGCAGGACAGUCACCGCAUCCCCCCGUCCCCAGUCGUCCACGUCAGAGGGCUCUGUGACGCCGUGGUGGAGGCCGAUCUGGUGGAGGCGCUCAACAAGUUUGGCAGCAUCUGUUACGUCAUGAUGAUGCCCUUUAAGCGUCAGGCUCUGGUGGAGUUCGACAGCGUGGAGAGCGCCGAGCGCUGCGUGUCCUGUGGAACCCGCGAGGCCAUCUGCAUCGCAGAGCAGCAGGCCUUCUUCAACUUCUCUACCAGCCAGAGAAUCACCAGGCCCACCAACGCAGACGACCCGUCCAGCGGAAACAAAGUCCUGCUGCUGUCCAUCCAGAACCCGCUAUACCCCAUCACCACUGAUGUUCUUUACACCGUCUGUAACCCCGUCGUUAACGUCCUGCGCAUCGUCAUCUUCAAACGCAACGGCAUCCAGGCCAUGGUGGAAUUUGAGUCAGCAGAGGAUGCUCAGAAGGCCAAACUGGCCCUGAACGGGGCCGACAUCUACGCAGGCUGCUGCACGCUCAAGAUCGAAUAUGCUCGGCCCAACAGACUGAACGUCAUCCGCAAUGACAACAACAGCUGGGAUUACACCAAACCCUUCCUCCUGCAGCGAGAGCGGGGAAAGGGGAGGCAGCGUCAGGCCAUCUUGGGAGAGCAUCCGUCCAAUGGCUACGGUCCACACUGCCCCCUGCUGCCUCUGCCUGCUAACAGCAGAUACAGGAGGAGCAGUGAGGAGGCGCAGGACAUGAUCUCCUACCCGCUGCUCCCCCGUAAGUCCUCCUCUGCGUCCCCCUUCUUGGGCCAUGCUGCCUCUAGCUCGGUCGCCAUGGUGGGCGGCAUCCAUCCUGCCAAGAUGAACUGCAGCCGCAUCUUCAACCUCUUCUGUCUCUACGGCAACGUGGAGAAGGUGAAGUUCAUGAAAAGCGUCCCCGGCACGGCGUUGGUGGAGAUGGGCGAUGAGUACGCUGUGGACCGAGCCGUGACUCACCUCAACAGCAUUAAGGUGUUCGGCAAAAAACUCAACGUCUGUGUCUCGAAGCAGCAGGCAGUGAUUCCCAGUCAGGUGUUCGAGCUAGCCGAUGGCAGCAGCAGCUACCAGGACUUCAGUCUGACCAGAAACAAUCGCUUCAGCAGCUCGCAGAGCAGCAGGAACAUCAUCCAGCCGCCCGCCACUGUCCUGCACUUCUACAACGCCCCGCCCACCCUGAGCCAACACCAGCUGUACAAGCUCUGCACUGAGCACAACGUUCCCGCCUUCACCAAGUUCAAGGUCUUCGAUGCCAAACCAGCCAGCUCUAAGACUCUGUCUGGUCUGCUGGAGUUCGACAGUAAAACUGAAGCGGUGGAGGCUCUGACCGUCCUCAACCACCACCAGAUCAGAAUACCCAACACCUCCAACCCCUUCACCCUCAAACUCUGCUUCUCCACCUCCUCCCAUCUGUGAGCCAGAAACAAGAUGGCUGCCACAGUUGCCACCUGGUCCUUCAGGACGAACUGGAGAGGACGUUUUAUUAAGAAGAAAAAGAGAAAAUGAUGGACAGACGAUUUGAGUUGUCCCUGAUGAUCUUCUGUGUGUUUCUAUUAAUUUGAGCAGGACGUGACGGUGGUGACAAGUCAUUGUGAGGAACACAAGCACCUUAAUGACUGAGCAGCAAACUCAAUGAGUCACUGUCUGAUGAGCCUCCUUUAAAACAUGAGUGAUGUCAGCAGCCUGACAGGAAACCUGAACAGACUUUUUUUCCACCUGAACAGUUUUGUUCAAUCGCACCUAAGAAAUCAAAUCAAAACAUGACUUUAUCCUCCACAAAAGACCCUUCAUAUCCUGCAGGUUGAGAUAUCAGCUGUCAUUAUGUAAAGAAUUAGUUACAGUGAAACAGCUUUUUAAAGGGCGACCAAAACCAACCCAGUCAUCAGAAUAAAUGUUGGCAUUUCUGCAAACCACGUACACGUUACAUUUGUAUGGUGUUGUGUCGCAGAAACUUUUAAACAACGCUGUGGUAAACAUGUGGAAGGUUUAGGCACCAAAACCACGUGGUUAUGGUUUGAAAAAUGUCAUGUUUUGGCCUAAAAAUACCUGGUUUGGGGGCAAAAUCCCAGCUGGACACGCAGCAAUAUCUUGGUGAAAAACACCCUCUUUUUGUGGUACUAUCGCAGCAGGAAGUGCAGCAAUAUCUUUGUAAAGAAGAACCGCUUUUCAUGGUUCUCUCCAGGCAGGAAAUGCAGUGAUCUCUCAGUAAAAAAUAACUGCUGUUUGUGGCUGUCUGCUGACAAGUAACGAAGCAAUGUCUCAGUAAAAAACAGAUGCUUUUCAUGGCAUUAUCCUGACAGGAAAUGCAGUCAUGUCUUGGUAAAAAAGAAACCGCUUUACAUGGCUCUCUCUACGGCAGGAAGCGAAAUGAAUGUGGUUCUCUGCGGGCAGGAAACAUGGUGUUAUCUUUGUAAAAAUCAACUCCUGUUCAUGGCACAAUAGCAGCAGGAAACACAGCAAUGUCUCCGUUAAAAAGUGCUGUUUUUGUAGCUCUCUCUGGGCAGGAAAUGCAGUGAUGUCUCAGUAAAAAAACAACCACUUUCCAUGUCACUAUUCUCACUGAAAAAAACAGGAACGGGUCCCAAAAGAACAUCAGCCACAUUCGGUGGCUAAAGCCUCUGAAAAUGCGGCGAUGACUCCUCUGAUCGGGAACAGUACACUGCAGCUUGGUGUCUCACUUACGUGUCUCUCCAUCCACCUCCUGAUGACACAGUCAGCUCAUACGCUACGUCACUUACACAUGAUUUAACUGUAACAUAUUUGUGGAAACACACGAUGCCAACAUCACCUCUGGUAACUGGGCUGACAGAACUCAGGGAGGAAUCUCUAAAACGUGUAAACCAAUCAGAUGACAGCCAGGAACAGAGAGACAUGUCUUUAUGUGACAAUCCUGAAAUAUCUUUAUUUUUUUAAUAUGUCGUUUCAUUUGUUGGGCAGAGUUUGGCUUUUAUUCUGUGUUUAUUUCAUUGAUAUUAAAGUGGUUUGUUUGAUUGAACUUUGCAGUUUAGGCUGAAUCAGCAUAUGUUUGUGACAAAAUGAGCUCAAAGUUCAGUCGUUUUAUUUGUUUGACUGAUUUUGAUUUCAAUGUUAUUGAUUUUUAAAUGAUUAAUGGAGACAAAAGGAAAGACAUUUUGUUCAGAUGAGUGUGUUUUGAUCAUUUUAAAGUGACUGUGUGUUUCCUCUACAGCUGCACCUCUGAAUGACUUUUAAACAAGAGGCUGCUGAUUCUUGUGUUACUGAGGAACUGAUGAAUAUUAUUAUGGUUUAUAGUUUCCUCUGUAGUUAUCAGUCGAGACAAGAAGAGACACAAAACCACAACAUUAUUAAAUGAACCUACGUUUACAGAAUAAUUCCACUUUGGGGAUAAAAUCCUUUUUUCAUUUUUGCUUGUUUGACCUGUGGUCGGAACCAUCUGCAGUCAUCGAGUAAAUCCAUGGAUGUAAUGUGAAUAUUUCUAUGUGUUGUGAACUUCUGUUGGAUAUGAAUACACAAUGUCUUGGCCCGAAAAACAACAUGCUGGAGUGUGUAGAUUUAGCAGCACUGAGCUCCUCUGCAGACUCUGACCUCUCACUGCUCUGCACAGGUGUUGGCUGUAAAUACUGAAGGUGCUCACAACAUGAAAACGAGCAGACUAGAUGUAAACUGGUGAACGUUGUGCUGAUUCUCAGUGACAGGAAGCAGGAAUAUGAUCUGCUUCAACUUUUCAUCACCAAUCAUCCAAGACUCUGCAGCUGGUCUAGUGUUUUCAUCAAUAAUUCAGUGACUAAAAGAUUUCAGA